UUGGAGCUGUGUGUGGGAGCAGGGAAACAGAGGCAACAAAGACUAAUAGAGACAAUUAUGUCAGACAAACACAAUGGCCAAGUUUCCCAAAGGAAACCAUUCAGCAACAAGAACAUCAAGAAGCUCCGCACUAUUAGCAUGGUGUGCAACCUGGCAAGCAGCUGGCAGCAAUGGGUGACAGAGAAUGAGAACAAGCAGGCCAGCGAGCCAAGCGGCUGGGCUCCGUCUUCACUGGGUGGACCAGAGGAACCCAAAAAGAAGUGGGUUUCAAAGAAGCCUCCAUCCAUUCAAACGCAGCAAACAGAAGCUUCUAAAGGUCUCGCAGCUACACAAACAACGACAUCAAAGACUGGUGAGGUUAAGACAUCGGAUGAGCCACCAGCGGCGUCUUUUAUCAAGACAAAGCAAGUGGUGAAGACAGUGACCAGCAGCGCUCAGGAGAAGAGUGCAGGUAUUGGGCUCCUGACAGAAAAAAUCAAGAGGGAGCAUCUCCCAUCAGAUGAGGAGAUUGACAGACUGCUAAAGAAGAAAAGCUCGCCCACCCGUCGGAGGAAGUGCUCCAACAUGGUGUCAUCGCUGACCAAAAGCUGGAAGCAGGUGGAGAAUGAGCAGAAGCUUGUUAAAGAAGGAGGAGAUCCAAGAGAGGGAUUCACCUGUGGGCGUAAAGAGGACAGUGGGCCCCUCGAGGCAGAUGUAGAGGGACUGGAAGUAGAUAAAACACACAGAACAAGCUUUUCAGAAGAAGCAGAGGAAAACAACUGUGAAGAAGACUCUGAGACAGCAGUGGGAAUAAAAAGAUCCUCAGUUCCAAUCUACAAAAAAGAAGCUGAGGAUGCCAACAAGAUCAACACGUUGUCCAAGAAAUACAGCAGCGUGGGAAAUCUCAAGAGCCGCUGGCAGAAUUGGGCCUCUGAGCACACAGUUAAUCAGAAACUCAACCCCUUCAGUGAAUACUUUGAUUAUGACUAUUCCAUGUCCCUCCGCCUCCAGAAAGGUCAAGAGGGUUACGGACGUCCAAAGGAGGGUAGUAAGACGGCAGAAAGGGCCAAACGUGCGGAGAAACAUAUCCACCGUGAAAUAGACGACAUGUGCUAUGUGAUCAGAACUAUGGCCGAUCCGGACCCAGAUGGAAAGACCCGGGUCACAUUUGGAGAACUGUUUGACAGAUACGUUCGGAUCUCUGACAAGGUGGUGGGGAUUCUGAUGAGAGCCAGGAAACAUGGGAAAGUGGAGUUUGAGGGCGAGAUGCUGUGGCAAGGCCAGGAUGAUGGAGUUAUUAUUACUCUUCUGGUGUGAUAUUAACACCUGGGUCAAAGUUGUUCUUGAAAUCCUCUUACAGCUUCUUUGCUUGCACACUGGAAUUUGAACCUGAAAUAACCCCCGUCAUUGUCAGACAGCACUAAGAGGAGGAUUUAAGAUGCAGUUUGACCCAGGACUACUCGGUGGACACUUGCAGAACAAUAUCAAAAGGAUACAAGCUGAGCUCGGCGGAUGUGUCUCUCUACGGAUUAUCCAAAGAAUACUUUUGCUGCUAUUUUGGUAGAUACUUGACAACUCUUUCUGUCAGUGUUUGAGCUGUAGCUGUCUUGCUCAGUGUUUUGCGAAAUCUGCAGAGACUUAAAAGCUUUAAAUCACAAGCGCUGAAGAGAUAAAGUGUUGGGGUUUUGGUUCCUUAAAAUCCAUUCAGAGUAGCUUGCAGAUUAUCACGAGUGUCUCUUUUUCACUUCAUGGUUUAUGUUAAUGAGAUACUUGAGCAUGUGCUAACGUACCAAAUAAUCAGCAGCUUUGCAGUAUUCUGUACACUAAUUCAAACAUGGGUUGGGUUUCGCUGCCUGAAUACAUGCAGCUCAGCUUUCAUUGCGCUACACCAGACACAAUGCAGUGGAACGCCACAGUACUUUAAAACACCGUGGCCUUUUAGACCACAGCUCUUUGAAAUGGUAUCGAAGGUUGACCAAGACUGCAAGGGAAAAUGGGAAAACUCAUUAAAUUGGAGAAAUCCACUUCAUGAAAACCACCUGGCCAAUACUGUGUAGGUCCUCAGUGACGGCUAAUAGUCUUUAAGUCAUUUCCACAAGACAGCUGUGGCUGCCCUGUGGGUUUUUUGCACUAAGACAUGGCAGAAAACCUCCUUUGGGUUGCAGCAAAGGGUCUACUUUGAUCAGGCUGUUGCUUGGGAUCAUUCUACAAUCUGGGAAGUACUGAGGCCUGGUGAGCACUUUGUCCUCUUUUAGUGUGUUGCUCGAGGUGCUUUUGCUUACUAUUAGAGGAUGUGCUGGUACAAGAUCACAUUAGAACAGGAUAAUCAGUGUUAAUCGCUUCAACUGUCAGUGGCUUUACAGGAGUGCACAGCAGUAAAGUGUGAAUAAGUCAAAAUUAAAGUGCUGAAAUGAACGAAAUUAUAGUUAUAAGCUGGAUUCCUAAUCAUACAGUAGCCUAUGAUGACUUGCUGUAUUCUGUGUUUUGUGAUGCUUUUUGUCCUGGGAUUAAAAAUAAAAAA